CACUGGCUGUCAGUCACAGCAGAUCCUUCAUGAACUCACUGAGCUGCAGACAGCAGGACAGAAACUGGACACGUCAGUCAUUAAUGCAGAUUGUUGUAAUGAUGUUAUCAUUUUUAGAAACAGUUUCUGCUCCACAGCAGAAUAAGAAGAAGGUUAUUUACAAUGAUUCCUAGAUAAGUAAAGAGAUACACUUGAUGCUCCAUGACCACCAAACUAUACAUGUAAAUAAAUAUUAAUCUGUUGUUUUCAUGUUUAGGAGCCCUGCAGGAUCAGACUCUCCUUUAUCUGCACAUAGCAACAGGUCAGCAGACAUCAACCUGGACUUUAAUAAUCAGCGUCCAACUCCAUUUGAGAGUUUUAGAAGGACCUAUGAGGAGCUCCUCCAACGCCAGCAGGAGAUCAUGCGCCAGCAGGAGGCUCAACGCCAGCAGGAGGUUCAACUACGCCAGCAGGAGGUUCUUCUACGCCAGCAGGAGGUUCAACUCCAGCAGGAGGUUCAACGCCAGCACGAGGCUCAACGCCAGCAGGAGGUUCAACUACGCCAGCAGGAGGUUCAACUACGCCAGCAGGAGGUUCAACUACGGCAGCAGGAGGUUCAACUACGGCAGCAGGAGGUUCAAUACCAGCAUAAGGUUCAACGCCAGCAGGAGGUUCAACGCCAGCAGGAGGUUCAACGCCAGCAGGAGGUGAUACGCCACCAGAAGGAUCUCCUACGCCAGCAGGUGAUCCAGUUGCAGGCCAAGCGAAAGGCCAAGCAGGAGACCGAGAGGGAGCUCAAGUUUAAACGUCUUAAAGAUCAACAACAUUUGAAGUCUGGAAACAAUAAUUCACACAAAUCAGAAAGGAAACCUCCAGAAUUGAUUUAUUCAUUAUCUGAGGUUGAGUUGUCGGACCUCAGCUGCUCACUGUUCGAGGAUGAACCGACCCUACCAGGAUUGGUCUCUUCUUCGUCAUCUGAGGUCGAGUCGUCGGAUCCAUCUGAGGACAAGGACAAACAAAACGAUCAAAAGUGAACAGAAGACCUUCACUCUGCAGCUGCAGCCAGCAGAUCCAGGAUCAGGCUAACACUAAAACCUCCAACACCAACCAGUAGACCCAGCAUUAGACCAACCCACCAGGUUCUGUUUCUAUUCGGACACCAGAACUCAACACCAGAGCAGCCAGCCUGCUCCAGGCUAGGCUAACAGCUGGUUUUGAUGCUAUUUUCUCAUUAUCAUUAGUAAAUUGCAUCUAUUUAUUGUAUGAGAUACAAUUAUUAGCCAUAAUUAUAAUAAUUAGUCUUAAUUGUAUCUCGUACGUUUUAAUGGAUACUUCUCUUGCAAAGAUAUUUCUGGUGUUAACUUCCAGUAACAAUAAAAUUAUUUCUGUUUUUCAUCAGCAGAUCAUUUCUGAACCCGUUAUUGUUUAUUACGAUAUCUACCUGCUCAGCAUUAACUGGGAGGAGGUUUGGUUUCUCCUUUCAUAAUCACAGAUUUCACUUGUUUACAAAUAGUUUUCUGGAUUAACUGCAUUAUCUGCUUUUAUAUUAUACGUUUUUAUUUUGAUCAACUUGUUUGAUUGGUCAUACUGAAAUUUAUUUUCCAAAAUAUGUUUUCUGCUCCUGAAUAUAACUGAACUCUCCAUUGUUUAUUAUCUUCUGUACUUGGUAUAAAUCUGAUGUUUCAACUCUCUGGUGUCAUAAACAGAAGAUUAAUAAACAAUGAUUUUCACCUGGAAACGCUUGGAUAUUUUUUUUCCAUAACUAAAAGUUAUGAACAGAAUAAGUUCUCUUCUUUACAUCUGAUUGAACUGUAUUUCCUGUCUGGAUGGAGAAAACGCUGCAGGUUGAUGUUGGACAGAGAUCCAAUGAAACGUUUUGAUUUGAAGAGGAAGAUCUCUGCAGGUCUUCCUCACCUGGAUCCAGGAGCAGCAGCUUCUCACACUCUGCUUCAAC